AUGGCCACAGAUAAGACUUUAUCAUCAUCAUCAUCAUCAUCAUCAGGGGUGGUACUCACAGGGGUGGGAAACCUAAUCAAGCUUCUCCCCACUGGGACUGUCUUCUUAUAUCAAUUCCUUAGUCCAAUUUUAACCAACAGUGGCCAAUGUCACAUGAUCAACAAGUACCUGACUGGUAUUCUUCUUGGUGUCUGUGGCUUCUCUUGCUGUUUUUCAUCUUUUACUGAUAGUUACAAGGGUAGUGAUGGAUUGAUUCAUUAUGGGAUUGCAACCAUUCAUGGCCUCUGGUCAUCAACAUCGUCAGUGGACUCGUCGUCGGUGAACUUAUCUAAGUACAAGCUUAGAAUAGGGGACUUUGUUCAUGCCUCUCUAUCGUUGCUUGUGUUUGCAGUGGUUGUGCUAUUAGACUCCAACACCAUGGACUGUUAUUAUCCAACGUUUGAGUCCACCAGGAAGACACUGGUGAUGACUUUGCCUGCUGUGGUUGGUACCUUUGCAAGUUCAGUGUUUGCCUUCUUCCCCAAUGAUCGUCAUGGAAUUGGGUACCCUAAAAGCCAGACUACUGCUGCUGAAGACACACCCCUAGUGAGCAUCUCAACCCAAGGAGCAAACAAAUAAGGGAAUUAUGAGUAGUGUUCUUAUCUAGUAGAUGCAUAUAUGGUUCCUGCAUG